CAACUUUCACUGCUUGCCAGCGCAAGACUGUUACUGGUUUGCUGGACAGCUAAACAGAUUAUGGCACUAGACUCUCAAUCGCGUGAAAAACGAAUGCAGUUGAAACACAAUAUUGAACUCUGCAUAGACAAAAUUCAAGACAAGCUGUUCAUUCUAAGCCAAGACAUAUGGAGGUGUCCAGAGCUUGCAUAUGGGGAGAAACAGUCACACGACAGGCUCGUUCGUUUUUUCUCUGAUGAUAAUUUAUGGGACGUUGAAAGUCACUACAAACUGCCUACCGCAGUUCGGGCGACAUGGGGUCCAUUUGGUGGCAAAGACGGCGACAAAGCUUUGAAUGUGGGCUUCCUAUGUGAGUACGACGCGUUGCCAGGUAUUGGCCAUGCAUGUGGACACAACCUUAUAGCAGAAGUCGGUGUGGCUGCUGCACUUGGGCUGACAGGUGCAUUAGAAUUAGUAAGAGAACCAACUGACUGUCAGACUCCUCUCCGUGUAAAGGUAAAUGUUGCCUGCAGCGAGUGCAUAUAUUGUGGCUUUAAAGGUGUGUCCAUUUGUCCAGUUACUCAAUUAUUGUGCAUGGACAAAAUGUCACCAUUUGCCUUUUGAAUAAAUUAUUGAUUGACUAAAUUGCCUCAGUAAACACAGCCAUUUAUCAUUGCCAUAGGUGACAGUUCUUGGGACCCCAGCAGAAGAGGAUGGAGGAGGGAAGGUCGACCUCAUCCUGGCUGGGGUGUUUGAAGACAUGGAUGUUGUCUUCAUGGCUCACCCCGCUCAGCAGGAUGUUGCCUUCCUACCCUGUGUAUCCAUUACUGAGUAAGAUUCUGUUUCCGCCGUCUGUAUCCAAUUCCGGUUAACAACAUUUUAACUAACCGUUAUAUGCUUCCAUUUUGUUUCAAUCUUGGUUAAUCUAUUCUCAGUGUGACAGUGAAGUACCAUGGGAAGGCGUCUCAUGCUGCAGCGUACCCCUGGGAGGGGGUCAAUGCCCUGGAUGCAGCAGUGCUGGCAUACAACAGCCUGUCAGUUCUGAGACAGCAGCUAAAGCCAGACUGGAGACUCCAUGGUAAAUAAUGAAUGAGAGAGGCUCAUGGACUCAUUAACUCCUACUGUCAUAUACCUGCAUGCAGGGGCGCAACUUUCACUGGAGAUGGGGGACAUGUCCCCCCCACAUUCUGAAAUUGCAUUUUUCCUCCCCCCCAGUUUUAUCAUUAGAAUGUGAUACAAAACAAAGCAACGGUGUGCUUUAGGACCAUUCGGAUGCCUCCGAGUGGUCGGGUAGGCUGUUUGGAGUGUUUAUCUAACUGGAUAAAAAAAAUAUAUAUAUAUAUAAAUUAUUAUCUACCCCCCACUUCUAAAACAAAGUUGCACCCCUGCCUGCAUGUGUGGGCAUAACCAUUGGAAGUAAUGUUUUGAUUUUAUGUUCUUUAAAGUGAUAUUUUGCUAUUCACCUGUUGCGCCUGUGCAAUUAUGUAUCAGGUCUUUGUGUACACCAUUGAUGGCUUCAUACAGUAACAGCUGUUGAACAAACCACCAUACCUGGCUGAUCCACAGUCUCUGUGUACACCUCUUCCUUAUCAGACAUAAAGGUUAAAUUGGUUUUUUCUUUGUCUUCUUCUACAGGCAUCAUCAAACAUGGUGGAGUGAAGCCUAACAUCAUCCCAGCCUACACCGAGCUGGAGUAUUACUUGCGCACUCCACUGGUCAGGGACCUGUCUGACCUCAAAGCCAAGGCAGAGGCCUGCUUCAGGUCAGCUGCCAUGGCAACUGGUUGCCAAGUAAGCAUGCUCCAAAUAGCAAUUGUCCCUUGUUUACCAUCAAGAUCAAGGGAAAAAAUGUUGGUGGGUUAAUCGUGUACGUUUAUUUUUCCAUAGGUGGAGAUAACUUAUCCAAACCACACAUAUUCCAACAUACUUCCCAACACCACCCUUGCACAGCUCUACGAAGAUAAUGGUAGAGCCUUGGGGAUUGAGUUUGUGGAGGUGCAGAACAAUUUCUCAGGUAGAAAAAAAUGAAAUAAUAAUAAGUGUAGAGAUAAUAGAGUAGUAUUACUGGAGAUGAGCACUUGCCUACAUAGUCUGGUCUAUGUCUUGGCAGGUUCCACUGACUUUGGCAACGUGUCAUUUGUCGUCCCUGGGAUACACCCUUUCUUUUACAUUGGCACCGAUGCACUGAACCAUACUGAGGAGUAUACCGCAGCUGCAGGUAGGAUCCAGCAAUAAACAGGGAUGGGUACAGCUCAACUUGAUUUCAACCUAUUUUAAGCUCUACAAAAUAAACUGUGAAUACAGAAAAUGGAUACAAAAUGGACCCUGAUACAUUUGUUUGACAUCAAUUUGUUCAAACAGACUGAUUUUCUGACCAUUAGGACAUUAUUCACAUCAGUGAAUGCCUCUUCCAUUGAACGGUCCAGGUGCAGAAAAGGCCCAGUUUUACACACUCCGGACGGCCAAAGCCCUGGCCAUGACAGCUGUGGACGUGCUGUGCUGCCCUGAGAUGCUUCACAAGGUGAGGGAGGAGUUCUCUGAGGCCAAACUGAAGCAGGAGCAAGGACUGAAAGACGAGGACACUACUGGCUCCACACAUUCAUGAAAACAACAUGGAUGACCUCAUUAACAGGAAGUAUUGAUUCAAGCUACCUCCAAUCAGAGGCUGCUCUGCAAUCAGUGCCAAGCUGCUCAUGAUUUUUGAAGAAUGGUAAUCAUUGUUAUCAAUAAAGCAAUUCUAAUACACCAUAAAGCAAAGUUUCUAAUGAGACACUACAGCAUUGCAA